GCGGGCUUCUAAUUUACUGAGCCCGCAAUGAGUAAUUUGUGUUUGUUAGACGUGUGGGGCUUACAGACACACGUUUAGAGACCAGUUGACCUAGUAGGAACCAUGUAUAUCUGUACCCGACUUUGUACGUAAGGAGGAUGUAAGAUCUCGCCAUGUAGACCCAUUUGUGGACGGCAGGAUGUUUGGCAGUAUCGGCAGAAGUGAAGCAGCGGAGUCUUGGAAUAUCCAGGGAUCAUGUAACUAAGAUGUAGCGGAGUGUAUCAUGACGUUAUCCUAUAUAGAGGGCUGUGUGUGUGGGCCGUUGCCAGCAGUGUAUUACAGCAUGUUCAGCUCCGUGAAGUAACAAUGGCCACCAACUAUGACAUCUGUCCUUCAAGGGUUCAAAUUCUGCGCCAGCUUAGUAGCAUGGAAACAUUCAUGGUCAGAAUUUACACAGGUUCUCUGAGCCAAGAGACCGAGUUUGUCAGUGUAGAAGCGGAAAAAGGCACUCCUGCGUGUGAUGUUGUCAAAGUUGCAGUUCGCAAGUUGAAGUUGGGAAACAACCCCCACAAUUACGAAAUUGCUGAAGUGUUUUCAUCUGGAGGUCAGUUGUGUAAGGAAAGAAGAUUAGACCCAAUGGAUAACCCGGUUCGAGUCCAGCUUCUUUGGCCAAAGGUCAUCAAUGCUGAAAUUGAUAGAGGUCAAGGCCUUUACACAGGAUACCGAUUCUACAUCAGAAAGGCAGAUCCUGAAACCCAAAAGGUUUCAGGAUGGGUUGAGUGCAAAGAUGCUAGUGUAGUAGACUCUUUCUUGAGUUCCUUUCUGAAACAACCAACAAGCAAUAAGGAGUACACUGAUUUGUGCAAUCUGCCAGAUCUGAAUGAGAAAACAUUAUUGGAAAAUAUAAAAGCUCGUUUCGAGAAUGCCAACAUCUAUACCUAUGUGGGAUCAAUCCUCAUUGCUGUGAAUCCUUUCAAGUUCUUCCCAAUAUAUAAUCCCAAAUAUGUGAAAAUGUAUCAGAAUAAGUGGCUUGGGGAAUUACCGCCACACAUUUUUGCAAUAGCAGAUGCUGCAUAUUCCACAAUGUUGAGGACUAAACAGAACCAGUGUAUAGUGAUAUCUGGAGAGUCUGGUUCAGGGAAGACGGAGAGUACCAACCUGUUGCUUCAUCACCUGACAGCCCUCAGCCACAAAGGGCUUCAUGGAAGUGGGGUGGAACAGACCAUCCUUGGGGCAGGGCCAGUACUGGAGGCAUUUGGAAAUGCGAAAACAGUCCACAACAACAAUUCAAGUAGAUUUGGGAAGUUCAUUCAAGUCAACUACAAGGAAAAUGGAAUGGUCCAUGGAGCUAUUGUUGAAAAAUACUUACUAGAGAAGUCACGGAUAGUUUCACAAGCAAAAAAUGAAAGAAACUACCACGUGUUUUACUAUUUACUUGCGGGCGCAGACAAGAAUGAGAGGGACUCACUGUUCUUAUCCAAACCAGAAGAGUAUUACUAUCUUUCUCAGAGUGACUGCUACAGCGUUGAAGGGGUUGAUGAGGUCGAUGAAUUUGCCAGACUUAAACAAUCCAUGGAGAUGGUCGGCUUCUCACAUGAGACGCAGAAGAGGAUAUUUGCAGUACUGUCAGCAGUGUUGCACUUGGGCAAUAUAGAGUUCAGAAAGAAAGGGGAUCAGCACCAUGACGAGUCUGUGUCUGUGAAGAAUGAAGCCACUGUGGAGAUCAUCUGCAACCUACUCAAGGUUAAGGAGAAGACUGUGCUGGAAGCUCUCACCACCAAGAAGACUGUCGCAGGGGAUGAAACAGUCGUCAUCAACUACAAGAUGGAGGAUGCAAUCGCUACACGAGAUGCCAUGGCAAAGUGUUUGUAUGGAUCUCUGUUUGACUGGAUUGUCCUCAAAGUGAACCAGGCUUUGCUAGCCAAGAAACACAACAGUGAACAUCAGGUGCCGAAGGAGGUGGUAUUAAACACGUCUGAUUCCAGCCAAGAGUCUAAUGGCCCUCUUCAGGGUCAGCUUGAUUUGGAAAGUGAUCCUUUGGCUUUGGGAAACUCCAUAGGCGUCCUUGACAUCUUUGGCUUUGAAGAUUUUGGCAAGAACAGUUUCGAGCAGUUCUGUAUCAACUUUGCCAAUGAACACCUUCAGUACUACUUUAACCAACACAUCUUCAAGUUUGAACAGGAGGAGUAUCAGCGUGAAGGCAUCCAGUGGAAGAACAUCGAGUUCAUCGACAACACAGCCUGUCUAGAGCUGUUCAGCAAAAGGCCUAAAGGUCUCUUCUGUCUCAUGGAUGAAGAGUGCAAUUUUCCUGGUGCAACCAACGACACGAUGCUGUCUAAGUUCAGCCACCAACACACCAACAACCCCUACUACCAAGUCCCACAACUCAAGGAGAGGGCCUUUGUCAUUGUACACUAUGCUGGAAAGGUCAAAUACAGUAUCAAGGAUUUCCGAGAGAAGAAUGCUGAUCUAAUCAGAACAGAUAUAGUUGGUGUUCUGAAGAAGAGCAGUCAGUCUUUUGUCCGGGAACUUGUAGGUAUUGACCCAGUGGCUGUGUUGCGAUGGUCUAUAGUAAGAGCUUUCUUCCGAUGCUAUCAUGCGUUCUUCCGUGCGGGAGAAAGGUACAGGAAGAAUGGAGGACCUGAACGGAAGAAAUUAAAGAAGAGAUUAUCUGAUUCUCAACUUGAAACCAGUAUUGGUGAGAACUUGUUAAGUCAUCAGCCGAAUGAACAACGCUCACAAUCUAGUCCGCAUGCUAGCCCGUCGAAUGCAUGCCCAACCACUGUUGAUGAGUGUUUUAGCGACGAUGACAGUGUGUUUAUGAGGCAGCAUGGUGACUUAAUGCACAAAGAGAAAAUAUUGGAGUCCCAUAUGUCCGCUGCAGACACUCGUGUCAUCCGUAAAGCUGCAAAAAUCAUUAUGAAAAGCAGGUCAUUCAAACCUAAACCAAGACCCUCUCUGAGUUUCCGAGACAUCAAGACUCUGAAGGCCAUAGCCAGCAGGACAAUGAUUUCCUUUGGUGGCAGCCGUGUAGGCUCCAAGAAACAGCCGCCCACGGUCGGGGCUCAGUUCCAGUGGUCCCUGUCCAGGUUGAUGCACACCCUGAACAAGGCAAACCCUUUCUUCAUCCGCUGUAUCAAGUCUAAUGCUGAUAAGGCUCCAUGUGUGUUUGAUGAUGAGAUAGUACUGAGACAGUUGCGGUACACUGGCAUGUUGGCCACUGUGAAGAUACGGCAGUCCGGCUACAACUACAGGCUCACGUUUGAGGAGUUCAUCCAGCUGUACAAGAUCCUGCUGCCUAAAGGACUUCUCAGCUCACAGGAGGAUGUGAAGAUAUUCCUGGAGAGCAUGGAUCUCAACAGGGACAACUACCAGAUUGGCAAGACAAAGGUGUUUUUACGUGAGAGUGAGAAGCUGAUGCUAGAUGAAGCACUUCAUCGUGCCAUCAUGGAGCGGGUCAUCAAGAUCCAACGGUGGGCUAAGACCAUCUUGGAAAGACAGAACUACACCAGGUUACGAACAGCAGUGGUCUUCGCACAGAAAUGUACAAGACGAUGGCUUGCUCAGAGAACUCUUUCUAGUCUCCGUCUGGAGUAUGAUGCUGCUCUGGCUAUUCAGAGAUGGUACCGGGGUAUCAGUGUCCGAAGAUGGUACCGAUUAUCAGAAAACGUCAUUUGUAUACAAACAGCAGCCAGAGGCUUCCUUGCUCGAAAAAGACAUCACCAAAUGUUGGUCAACCGUGACAUCAAGCGGAAGGCAGAAGAAGAACAAGUGCGGCAGAAACUGGAAGACUUGCAGUCAUCCACCAGCGAUGAAGGCGUGCUGCUGAAGGGCUCCAGUGCUGAGGAGUUGUUGGAGCGUGAAUGUCAAGCACUACACAGGAGAGACUCAGAGGAGAGCAGUGGUAUCCUUGAAGACUCAGAGUCGGAGACAACAUCUGAGCCCAAGAGCCGAGUUGUGUCAGGGGCAUCACCUCCCAUCACCCCUACCAGUUCUGGGUCAGGGUCAGUGUUUAUACCUCGUGGAGAAAAUAAAGAUGAUAGCUGGGAACAUACCAGGAGCCCCGGGAGAGUGCAAGAACUGGCUCGGGCCUUCCAGUCUCAGCCAACUACGCCGAGUAAGGACGAGAAUGACGGCAGGAAGUAUUUUAUCCGCCGAGGAUCUCAAAGAUGGAAACCCAAAGAGCAGAGCCCAGCCCCUCUAGCUAAACAGGAGUCUUUCUCCGAUAUGGAAUUGUCCCCUACUCAGCCGUCGGACACAUUAACCACAGCAUUCCCCUUGUCCCCGGACAAGAUACAGGCCAUAGAACAUGUGGUGUCCAAACACAGGGACAGGCAUGACCAGCAGCAGGUUGAUGGAGACAGACUGCAGCCCGAUGUAGCAGGUGGCCCUCCUCAUCUUAGUCCAUUCCACAGGGUGAAGAAAGGCUUUAAGAACAUGAUGGGAGAUUUUAUAGACGCCAAAGGUUGUGGUCCCUCUACCCUUAUCAUGCGCCACACAAGGAAUUCAUUCCGAACUCUAUUUCGCGACAAGAGCAAGAAGAAAGAGAGAGGACAUACAGACAGCGACGAGGAAUCUGAGGAGGCCGGCUCACCCAGCAGUAAAACGUCACCCAGUAAACGCCCUCAAGAUUUGGGUGUGUCAGUAUUGCCCCCCCACCCAACGGCGACGCCCAUAACACCAAGAUCUCCCAUGAAGGAGCGCAAUGAGAGAGACUUCCAGAUUGUGUCGCAGCAUGGCUGGCAGCGGGAGAAGAGGAAGAAGAAGAGGCGUCAGCAGGGACAGGUGCAGUCUCGUGGCAACUGGAAGGUGGAGGGGACGUCCCAGUGGCAGUACCCAGCAGAGCUUGUCAUCACAGACUUGCAGGAACUCAUGUUUCUGGAUGAGUUCAUUGGAAAGAAGCAUGAAGAAGUGUUCAAGAAUGAGGGCAAGCGGGCAACAAUCUUUGAUAAAAUAUUUCAGGGAGCUAUAGAAGAAUUCCGAAAAAACUUGAAGGCAAUAGUUGGAACAGAAAGCCAGAAGGAUGCUGUGUGUGUACGGUAUCGUGACCUGCUGUCUAACUUUGAGCAGAGCCUCAGUGCGGAAGUCAAGCAUGAGCGGACUAAUGCAACAUUUCCUGUCACUAUGGGUAUCAAUGCAUUUCGAGGAUUUCUCGAUGAGUUCAUAAAAAAUCAUGCAGGGAAAAAGAGAGAAGAGAAGAAGAAGGAGGAGAAGAAAGUAGAAAACAAGAAUGCCAAGAAAGAUAAAAACAGGAAGGAUGCUGUUGAGCAUCUUGGUCACAAGUUUCUGCAGGUUCAGUUUAACAUUCCCACGUUCUGUGAACUGUGUUCCUCCCUCAUCUGGAUCAUGGAGAAGGGACAAGUCUGUCAAGUGUGUAAAUAUACGUGUCAUAAAAAGUGCAGCACCAAGACGAUGCCGACCUGUCGAGGAGCUCUAGAUACUCAGGGAAAGGUGAGCUCGCAGAUAUUUGGUGCUGGAUUAGAGUCUCUUGUGACCGAGAGUUGUAAGGUGCCGAAGGUGGCCGAGAGGUUGAUACAGACGAUAGAGCUGAAUGGUAUGUUCACGGAAGGCUUGUACAGGAAGUCUGGAGCAGCGCCGAAAGUCCGACACCUACGACAGAUUAUAGAAUCAGAUAUUGAUGCUGUGGACUUUGAGGAGUAUCCUGUCCAUGUCCUCACCUCCACACUCAAGUGCUUUUUCCGAGAGCUGCCGGAACCUCUCCUCACCUUUGACCUCUAUGACGACUUCCUCAGAGCGGCAGAGAUCAAAGAUGAGAAAGAAAGAAUCCAAUCAUUAUUUACUGUGAUAGAAAGACUCCCCAAGGCCAACUAUGACCUCUGUGAGAGGCUUAUGUUCCAUCUAGCCAGAGUUGCAAUGCAUGAAGGCAGCAACAAGAUGUCGUCCAACGGCUUGGCCAUCAUAUUUGCCCCCUGUCUGUUACGAAGCAAUAAGGUGAUGCAGGCUCAGGAGAGCCUCAACCAGGUGCCCCGACAGACACUGUGUAUAGAAUUUAUUUUGGGAGAGCAACUGAUGAAGGUGAAUGCCACUCUAGAGGACAUUCACACAUUGGAAUCAGCAGAAAAAUCUGCUGCCGACCGAUUGUCCUUUGUCCGAGCCAGUAUCAGAACCCCCAAGUCAAGGCCUGUGUCGAUGCACAAGCCGAUAUCUCCCAUACCGGUCAAAGAAGAGGAAGAGGAGGAAGAGACUCUGCUGAUAGAGGAAGCACGGGUUCUCUCUGCUCAUAUAGCCUCCAUACACAAAGAAAAGGAUAACCUGACCACCCGACUGCCAGUGCUGGAGCCUCGACAGGCAAGCUCUGAUGAGGACAUGCUCACAGGCGAUGAGUUUGAGAGCUCCUUCGACCCCAUGGAUGACUUGGAGGAUAAUGAAGAGUAUGCUUCAACGUUUGAUCUGCCAGUCAGUCCCCCGUCUCUAUUACAUCUGACAAAGAGAAGAACGAUUCAACCGUGUAAGAAGCCACCAUCUCGGUACUCUGUUGCUAUCAAGAAGGCCCAGUUACAGUAUGAGUCGUGUGGGAGCCUUCUGGAAGAUGAACUUGAUGAUGUGCCUGUGCCAACAAUCACUGUACAGAGGACCGGUGGGUCAGGAUCGUUUGUGGACCACAUGGUCAUCGAGUCCAGCUUCGUAUCAAUACCAGACUUUAAGACCCUAGCCGAGGAAGAUGAAAUCAUGGUGUGAUGUGGCGUCAAAGCCGAACUGUGAUUGGUUCAAUUGUGCCAGUAGGCAAAACAAGUCUUUCAUGUUUGGAUUGGCCAAAGAGGCUGAAAACAUUAGGAGGAAGUUCAUAGAUGAUUUAUUUCCCAAAGGCUUUUACUCAUCAGUUGUUUUGCUCAUGUCUCUGCUAUGAACGUGUGCGAAAGGAGGAUUACAUCCCUUUGAUAGUCAAUGACUGUGUUAAGAAGACAAUGUUGGAUUCCGUUGAGAUGGAGACAAAACUUCCCCCAUGAGAUUCAAAGUCUGUGAUUGAAAGACGAACGUGUUUAGCAGAAGUCAAUGGGACUUCGUGUGAACUGUGUGACAUGGUAGACUGAAGUACUUCCAAGUUCAUAUGUUCAUCCUAGGCUGCACAUCUUGACACAACUCAUGUUAUUUAUACAUCUUGUUGAAACAUAAUCCACACACAUAUUUAUAUACACUGUAGGCCUUUGAGCUCAAAACUGAGAUUUCAAAUGGAAAAUCAUGAAUGUGUGUAUGAUUAGUGAGAACUUGUGGGAUGUCUGAUAUAGGGAUGUACUGCCUAUGGACAAUGAUUUGUAUCUGAUGAACAGGAGAAGUGUUUGUCUACAGAGUGAAAACCUUGCAUUUGUUAGAACUGUGUUAGUCUCUGGAACUCUGUAUGGUGGGUUUCUGUAUCUCCAGACCUGGGAAUAUCGGAGGGUGAAGCGUGUGUUUUUCUUUGGACAUAAUAUGGAUCCAUGCUACAUGUUGAGAGUGAGGAGUGGGUGUUGACCGACGAAUGCCUUGUGUCUAAGGUGCUAAGGGUGUGGCCAAGGAAGAUAGCCAUAACCACAUGACAUUAUUGGGGUUGGGGGGUGGGGUGUGUGUGUGUGUACACUCAAGAACAUGUUUGUCACCUGGUGAAAUACGGUCACAUGGGGUGAAACAGAUCAUGUGGAGUAUUUUAAAAAUAGGACUUGAACUUCACAAUAUGAGCAAUAUGUUCUUACAACCUGUUGGGAGUGCCCAUCAUUGCUGACACAAACUCCCUACAGCUCCUGCACAGUGUACAGCUGUGAGGAUCUCUUGUUGCCAUUUUCAUAUGUUGUUACACAUUUCUUUGCUACUUUUGCUUUCCUCUAGAAUUGCUCAGUUAUGUGCCAAGUUUUAAAUCUUAUGUGAUACAGCACAGCAUGUUAACUUUGUUGGUCUGUCUUUUAGAGGCUUUUCAAUCUCACCCACUGUUACACACUGACCGGAACUCAAACAUAGAUAUAAUACAAGUCAGUUUGAUGUGGAUGUUGAUUUAAUUUUAGUCCAUGCUCUAAGUGUAUUUGUUACAAGUUUCUUGUUGUGUUAAAGUUGUUGGUAAGCUCAGCUUCAUGUUUGGUCACCAAUCAUACAAGUACAGCUUAUCAGCAUCGUUGUGUACAUUCAUGUAUGUCAUCAUUUGAGAAUCAGGUUGCUUUCAAAUAUACUAUUCAUGCCAUGACAUUUUGUAUUGAGUACUACCUCCAAAGAAUAAUGUCUGUUUUUCAACAUUUCAUUCCAUCAUAAGCUCCUUUAGUUUCAUAAUUUAACUGAUUUCAGUCAAAUACAACGAUAUUUUGAAUAUGACCCCCCUCUUCUUUUCUCCAUUGCCCCACCCCAUAUGCAUGUUUAUGUUGGUGACCAAGCAUAUUAUGCAGAGUAGCUCAAAAGUUUGCCUAUUUAGCUCAGUGUUCUGAGGUUUUAUUCUUUAUAUUUAAUCUUUUUCUUUGUUUUAAAAUGUGGUUAAAUUAUAGUUAAAAUAUGGGUACUUGCCAUGUCAGUCAUGCGUCAUCAUAUACAACCUUACAGUUGUAAUUCUCAAGUAUUCCAAGUAACUUAAAAAACACAUUUAUAUCAAAAUGAUACCAUAAUAUAGUGAUUUGCAGUAACCAAAGGUGUACGGAAGAUUUCAUGAUGGCUAAGGAAGUUGUAGGUUAUAUUCCUGUGUUGAACUGACUCUCCUGUGACACAACCAGAUCUUGAUCUGCCUGUAAGAUGCAGAUGAUUUCUUGUUACUGUGUAAUAUCACUCUUGUUUAUGCUCAUGUCCACAUUCCUAGUAUAUAUCAAAGAGUGUUAUAGCAGUUGCGGUCGGAUAAUCUCUGGAAAACACAGGAACUCCACAACUGCGAUAGCCAUCUUCAGGCAACAGAGGUAUCUAUGUUUGUGUGAAUAUGUUUUGGGUUAACAAAGUUGUGAGCAUGUAAUGUAUUCUACCUUGAGGGAUUGUACCAAUGCUCUUCACUAUUGUCAGGAUGUAAACUCAGCACGACAAGGUGUAUAAUGUUUUCAUUCUCAGGAAUAAAGACUUUUUAUAGGGUUAGAAUACAGGGAACUCCUAAGAAUCAAAAGCAAACAUAUCAGAUAUAGAUGGAACUAUCCCAUAAUUAUGAUUUGUAAAUCAAAAUUGUUUCAGGUACAAUAUGCCUUCUUUUCAUCAAAUCAUGUUUUUAACAUUUAUGGGAUCAUUAUCCUGGAAGCAAGAUCCAGUCAGUGCCAAAAUAUUGGGAAUCUAACAUCCUCAGCUUAACUUUUUCAUGAGUUUUAGUUGGUCUUGGUCAUGAUGUAUGGACUUGUGUUCGCUGUUAUAGGACAGCAACACUUUCUACUCAUCAGACAAUUGGGGAAAUUCCAUAGGCAACUUGCCAACUCUCUUGAUGAACAGUUGGAAGAGCCAGUAUAUGUACAUAUGUAAAUAGAACCAUCUGUACCAUGGCCUGUUAGUGGACAAAGCUAUGUCCGUGAAUGCAUGUUCCACUACGUCCAUAGAGCUGUGUUCAUCUUGUGGUUGUCGACGGAUUCCUCCCAUAAUGAUUAUACAGCACUGAUUCCUGUUUGUGAGACUCCCCGUCAGUACUGUCCACACAAGUGUAUGCAGAUUGCUGUGUUGUUGGAUCAUCUGGGUUAGUUGAUGAUGGUGGAAACAUUCUGCAAGUUUAUCUUCUGCUUCAACACAAUCCCCUGUCUCAGUGGUACAGCCCUGUGUGUUGUUCGAGAACAGUUGGGAGUUCUGCAUAGAUAUUUAUUGAAGGAUAAAAGUACUUGUCAUCCUCUCAUGCUGUAUUGGCUUGGAAUCAAUAAGACAAAACUAUCAUUUGUUUGAAAAUAUAUCUUGUACUGGUGCUUGAAUAGCUUGAAAAAUAGAUUGAAAAAUUUCAGAUAUUUAGAUUAAGUGUCUGGUUUCAGUAGUCCCAAGGGCAGAUUGAAUUGUCAGGUUGCUUUCAUUCUCUGUUUUUUGGUUAAAGAUAAGAAGUUUGAAAGUUACCCUAUGUGCCCCUAAUACUCAUUAAAAUAGCAUCAUGCUAGUCUGGUCUGUCAUAACCUUAGCUUGUUUUUUUGCAUAAAUCAUCUAUAAGGUUAUAUUGUUUUUAUCGUUUUUUAUCAUUAUCAAUCUGUUUCAGGUAUCAAUAUGUUUAUGUUAUCUUUCAUUUCUUAAACAUAAUUUGUCCAGCUUGCAGGAAAUCUUCAGACAAAUGAAAUAUCAGGUUUUAUUUGUAUACAAUCAAUCUAAGGUAAUAGUUAAGAAUUCUUGUAUCCUCAUCUGUU